AUGCCGGCGGCCUCGCCCCCCUCACGGGUCAUACCCCCUCCAGGCCAUCCUCAAGCGCACCCGCCCGCCCCACAGAGGGCCGUCACGAUGCUCCCACCCGUCCAAGAAGGCCCGAUGGCGAAUGCGGACCCUAGCCAGCCCAUCCCUCGAGCGAACUUUGCGCCGACUGCGGGCGGUGCGCGGCCGCGGUCGAGGUCGUUCUCGGGCAUGUCGAAUGGGUUAUGGAACAUGGACAGUCGGGAUGAUUCUUUCCCUCUCACGUCAUCUGGCCCGCUCUCACCGCCUUUGUCUCCGAUCCGACCGCUCCAGAUCACGACCAAGCGCUCCAAAUCAGCGAUGGCCGCCACACCCACCGUCGCGGCGAACGUCGCGGCGCCGCAGCGCGCGAUGGUAUCGCACUCGCCCACGGUGAUCCGGGGUGUUCACGCGCCGUCGCCGCUAGCGCAAUCGCAGAACAACAACGUACCAGCUGUACGUUCGCCCCCACCUCGAUCUUCCACGAGCCCGCUUCCAGCAGCUUCUCCUUCGCCAGCUCUGGGCGCUCUCCCCUCCGACCACGAAUCCGAAGGGCCACUACAUCUAGAUCAGGAUCAAGAUGGCGGCGAUGCCCCGCAAUAUCCCUCGACACCUGUGCUUCGCUCCGCCCAGCGCUCGCCCGUACCGCAGAUGCAAUCGCCACUAUCGUCGCUUCCAGAGACCCUGGGUUUCAACAGGUCCUCGCCGCCAUCCUCGCCGAAAUCGGCCUUCUUGCCCUCAGUGCCGUCUUCGCCCCACGUCGUUCGUCACAGUCGGUCCGCCAUCCUCCCCAAAAGGUCUUCCGACCUCUCAUCAUCCCCUCGGCGCUCCCGGACCGCGUCGCAGACUCUGUUCGAUGCGCGGCCAUCAAUCGAGAGCAUGUCGUCCCCUCAGUCCAUCUCUGAAGAGCUUCUGGAUGGCAGCGGGACGCAGGGCCUGCGCUUCAGCAAGAAGGCCGCGCCGCUCUCGAUGAAAAGCCACCAGUCACUGCAAUCGAUCUCGAGCCCUGUCAGCCUCGGGACGAGCGAAUUCACGAUGGAGCAGGACACGGUGCAAGUGCAAGACACGGACUUCGAGCUCGUGAAGCCCACCCUCCCCCUUUCGCCGUUCGGGGACAGCUUCGAGUCGCUCCCGCUGCCAAGCCCACGCCCCGGCGAGGGCUUCCUGCGCACGGACAGCCCCGCGAUGUCGAGCAUUUCCAUCGGCAGCUUCCGCUCGCCCGGGACGGCGUCCCCCAACGAAAUCAAGAAGGUUCGGAAGAUGGUCGUUGACGGCGUGCCGGCGUCGGUGCGAUACCAGGUGUGGGCGAUGGUGAUGGACAGCAAGGCGAAGCGCAUGGACGGGCUGUACCAAAAGCUCGCGGACCGCGAGAAGGUCGCCGCCGCGGCGGACAUCGAGCGCGACAUCCGGGCGUCGUUUGUGGACAAGCCGGAGCUGCAAGACGGGUCGCUCGCCAAGUUGCUCAAGGUGUACUUGACGAUGGUUCCGGACGUCACGUACUCAAGAGGGCUUGUGUUGAUUGCGGCGCAGCUGUUGAUGCAGUCCCCAGAGGAAGACGCAUUCUGGACGUUCGUUGCGCUCAUGGACUCCCAUCUUCGGCCGUACUUCUCCAGUACCAGUGUGCAGCUGGAGGUCGAUGCGUCGCUCUUUGGCCGCGCGGUGGAGGCGAACGAGCCGGUUGUGGCGAAGAAGCUCUUUGGUGAUAUGGGCGUCAAGCCGAUCCAAGUCAUCUACACUUUGUUCACUACCGCUUUUGUCGAUGCACUCCCUCCGGACUACCUCGUCCGCCUUUGGGAUGUGUUCCUGUUCGACGGCGUCUCCUUCCUUUUCCGUGCCGGGAUCGCUCUCUUCACGUGGAGCAAAGAGAAGAUCAUGCAAUGUACUUCUCCGGAUGCUGCCCUAGACAUGCUCUUCCAUCCCACGUCCCUCCCCGCCAACCCCGACGCUUUCAUUGACAUGUGCCUUUCAGCGAAGCUGAAGGACAGCGAUCUCCAAAAGCAACGUUCGAAGAUUGAGAGCCAAGUCCGGCGCCGCACGGCGCAGGCUCGUCCCUCACCGAUCUCGCCCACCACUCCGGCUACCAUCUCCCUCCCCCGAAAUGCCUUCUAG